AUGUCCUCUCGAUUCUCCGGGCUCGUCUUUGCCGCCAUUUGCCUUGCUGCACGCGUCAACGCGAUUUUCCCUCUCGCUGGCCAGACUGUCGUAUACGCAACCGAUGUUAACAACGACAAGAGCUGUCUUACAGCCACCGCCAACGCAGACGGGGCAGCAGUCGUUGUUGGCUCAUGCAUACUGGGAACUGGCGGCACUGGCGCCCUCCCCGCUACCCAACAAUGGGUAACCACUGGUGGCGCCCAACAGGCUGGUCAAAUCAGGAUCUUCGGUGACAAGUGCUUGGAUGUCACCAACGGAAACACUGCGAACGGAGCCAAGCUGCAAAUAUGGACCUGCGCUGCUGGAAACACCAACCAGCAAUGGGUUUCAUCAGACUGGGUUACGUCCCACAUAACAUGGGCUAACAACAACAAGUGUGUCGACCUCACGGAUGGCGAUUCGACCGACGGAAAGCAGGUGCAAAUAUGGGAUUGUGACGCUGCCGGGACAAACAAAAACCAGAACUGGUCGCCUCUCCCGUUCAACGAGCCUGCAACCGUCCAAGCCGCCCUUAAAGCGAACACUAAUCUCUGUAUCGCCGCUUCCUCCACCACCCCUGGCUCCCCCGUCGUUGCCGCAACAUGCAAUGCCAACUCUGCUGCCCAAACAUGGCAAGCAGCUGCCGCUAGCACCAACGGCUACUUGAGCGUCUUCAACUCGACCCUUUGCCUCGCCCCCGAAUCCACACCCAUCGUUGCUGGCACCAAACUCGUUGCUGCGACGUGCCCUACCUCCAAGGUCGCUGCAGACCGCUGGGCGUUGUCUCUUAACACCAUUCGCAGCGCGCUUUCUGGCGUCGACUGGUGCGUUGACCUCACAGACGGCAAGCAGACAUCUGGCAACCAGCUCCAAGUCUGGAACUGCGUCGAAGGCAGCACUAACCAAGCAUGGAACUUCAAGUUCACCUUUCAAUAA